AUGCAGAUUACAACAAUGACUCCACCUAUUGAGACUCAAACCAAACACACCGACUAUCAUCAUCAUCAUUCACAUGCUCCUCUCAAUGAAAGAAUACUCUCAUCCUUGAGCAGAAGAUCAGUUGCUGCACACCCUUGGCAUGAUCUUGAAAUAGGUCCAGGAGCACCAACAAUAUUCAACUGUGUGAUUGAGAUUAGCAAGGGUAGCAAGGUAAAGUAUGAGCUCGACAAAAAAACAGGACUUAUCAAGGUGGAUCGUGUCCUAUACUCAUCAGUUGUGUACCCUCACAAUUACGGUUUUGUCCCUCGUACUCUCUGUGAAGACAAUGACCCUCUUGAUGUCUUGGUUAUCAUGCAGGAACCAAUUCUUCCAGGGUGUUUUCUUCGUGCAAAAGCAAUUGGUGUGAUGCCUAUGAUUGAUCAGGGAGAGAAAGAUGAUAAGAUAAUUGCAGUGUGUGCUGAUGAUCCUGAGUAUAGACAUUACAGUGACAUUAAGGAACUCCCACCACAUCGAUUGGCUGAGAUUCAUCGCUUUUUUGAAGACUACAAGAAGAAUGAGAACAAGGAGGUUGUGGUCAAUGAUUUCUUGCCAGCUGCUGAGGCUAUUGAGGUUGUCAAACAUUCCAUGGAUCUGUAUGCGGACUAUAUUGUGGAAAGCUUAAGGAGAUAAAGGAGAGAGGAUGUUUGAUCCAUUUGUAGGUGAAGAAGAUGAUGUCAUAUAUAAAGUCAAGUUCUAUAUUAUAUUUUUGGGCAAAAUUGCACAUUUCCAUGUGUGCCUAUAAUAUGUUGUGUAAUCUAUAUUAUCCCCAUCGACAAUGACGACUAUUAUGAAAAAAAAAUACUCAAGAAAAGAAAAGUGGUUCGACUAUUACAUAUAUAUAUAUUCUAUUUUAUUUUUUUUUAUAUUUUUUUCCCAUUCAAUGUAUUGGCAAUGUGUAACAGUGUAAGGGAAGAGUUUUUGUG